AUUUUCGUCAUUUAGCAGACGCUCUUAUCCAGAGCGACUUACAAAUUGUAACAGUACUAGUCAAAGGUUGCUACCCCAGACCACAGGCACACAUACACACUAAAAGCCAAAAACACUGCACACUUCAUUAACACUCCACUGAGAGAGGUAGAGCAAGGGUAAGAGAGAGAGAGAGAGGGAGAAAGAGAAAGAGAAAGAGGGAAAGAGAGCAUAAGUGGGAGGGGUGCUGUCCAGUGGUGUGGUACAGAGAGACAGAGAAUUAGUUUUCUGCAGCUGUUUUGAAGAGAGAGAGGGAACAGAGAAAACGGGUGAGGGAGGAGAGAGGGGAAAAAGACAGCCAACUCAUCCGACACUGACAGUCGGCCAAAGAAAGGGAAAAAGAGGGAGCAAAAGGAGUGGAAGAGAGAGGAGAGCUACGGAAAAAACUGAGCAGUCUAAGGGGUGAGACAGAAGGGGAGAGAGAGAGGAGGGUGGAGAGAAACUUAACCCAGAAAAGAAGAGCGAGUUGAAACAGUGAGGACACCAGCAAUAGUGAACGAGUGAGAGUGGACAGGAUGUCGACUCUCCCUCCUGAGGUUGUCCCUGAAGAUGCCAACAAACAGAGCUUCUGGAUGCCUGGGAACUACCAGUGCACGGUGAAGCGCACAGAGGAUGCCUUCCAGGCGUGUAAUGACAUCGUGGUGUGCUUCCAGGAGAGAGCCCGUGUGGAGAGGCAGUACGCUCAGCAGCUCAGCGAGUGGAGCAACAAGUGGAAGCCCCUGGUGGACUCCAGCCCGCUGUAUGGAUCCCUCUUGCAGGCGUGGCAAUGUUUCCUCUCCUCCGCCGACCGUCUCUCCGCCCUGCACUCGUCCGUGUGUCGCUCCCUGGUUUCGGAGGACGGGGACCGGGUCAGGACCUGGCAGAAAGAGACCUUCCAUAAGAAGCUCUUUGGAGGCUUCAAGGAGUCCCAGGACUUUGAGACUGGCUUCGCACGUGCUCAGAAGCCCUGGGCCAAACGGCUGAAGAAGCUGGACAAAGCCAGGAGUGCGUUCCAUAAAGUGCAGCGUAAGGAGCAGACUGCCAGGGACCGGGAGGCCCACGCCAAGGGCAACCCUGACGUGGCCAUCGAGAAACAGAGGAAGAUCCAGGAGGAGAGAGAGCUGGCUCAGCAGGAGACUGAGAAAGUGCGAGCCCGCUAUGAGAAGGUUCUGGAGGAGGUGACCCGCUAUGCCCCUCGCUACAUGGAGGAGAUGGAGUGUAUUUUUGACCAAUCACAGGAGGAGGAGAGGAAGAGGAUCAGCUUCCUCAAACAGGCCUUCCUGUCCAUCCACAGACACCUGGACGUCACCAACAAUGAGAGUGUGAAGGCUGUGUAUAAUGAGCUCCACAACACUCUCAUGGCCAUCAAUGAGCAGGAUGACCUGCGCUGGUGGAAGAACACCCACGGACCGGGCAUGCCCACUGACUGGCCUCAGUUCCAGGAGUGGACGCCAGAAAAGAAAAGCAAAAAAGGGAAGAAAGAGAAAGAGAAAGAGGUAGAGGCACAGCAAGGCAUCAUAGAGAGGAGUGUAAUGAUCGGAGGAGUUAGGGUCAGGGCUCUCUAUGACUAUGACGGACAGGAGAGAGAUGAGCUCUCCUUUAAAGCAGGUGAGGAGUUUCUGAAGACUGAGGAUGAGGAUGACCAGGGCUGGUGUAGAGGGAUGAAGGAUGGAGGGAGAGAGGGACUCUACCCAGCCAACUAUGUAGAGACGGCAUAGUUACACCAUUAUGUUUGUAAAAGGAAAUAGAUAGAAUGAAAAUGAAAGUGACUUAUUUUGGUAAGAAACAUUGUGUCUGAAAUGAUCCUCAGCUGAUGUUUACUGUGUACUGUUCCUUAAUGAAAAAAAUGCCACUAUGGUCUUCUUGGCAGCCUGGCCUGCCCUGUAACAGAGUUGAGAACCCAGUGCCCAUGCUAUCUGCAGGAAAGCUUUCAUCCAAAGAGAUUACACUAUGGGAUGAGGAUAUGAUAGCUCUAAAUGAACUUUUUUGGCAUACCUACACAUCAUCAAAUAUCCAGGUUUUUUUAAUCUUUAAAAAAUGUUGGAAAAUGUUUAAUAUAUUUACAUGAGACACCUGUAUGAAAGCUAUAUGAUGUAUGAUGCCUUUCUGUAGAAUUUAAGAGAUGUGAUGCUUGAUUCUAUAGGUACGUACAUUUACUGUAUAUGUCAUCACUUAAUGCUGAAGCCAUACUGUAUGCUUGCUGUUCUUAUAUAGCUAAACUCUCCUGUUCGCUAUAGUGAAACAUGUAUUUAUGCAUAAAUAAGUGCUUAUCACUCUGCAUAGAUAGGCUUUAAUCAAUGAUUAUUAUGAACGGAAUGAAACUUUGACUAUGAGCACAAUUCAUCAAUACCUUUAGCCUUAUCAAUAAUAGUAUGAGCAGCAAUGUCUCAUGUAGCCUGUGUGUGUUAUAAGAGUAUGAUGGGGAUGGAUUGGGAUCUCCUUUCAAAGGGACUGUAAUAGAGCUCCUAUCAUCGCCUUCUUGAUGGCAACUACCCUAAAUAGCCACUAUGCCAAAGUGAAGGAUUGGAUGCAAUUCCUGGGCUUGUCCAUGUUCUGGCUUUUCUUUUCCAUUUCUUAAUGUGUGUGUAUGUGAGUAUGUACUAUAUAUGCAUGUGUGUGUAUGUGAGUAUGUACCAUACAUGCAUGUGUGUGUAUGUGAGUAUGUACUAUACAUGCACGUGUGUGAAAGGUAAGCCUCGGCCCUCAUUGUCUCUUGUAGUAGUAUAUUUGAGCCUUUCUUAAGUGCCUUUCUAAAGAAUAAAAUGAAACAAAACGAAUGAUAA